AUGCGGCAGGUUUGCUGCUCAGCGCUGCCGCCGCCGCCGCCGCCGCCGCCACAGGAGAAGGCUCGGUGCAGCAGCAGCAGCCGCCGCGACCGCGACAGCAGCAGCAGCAGCAGCAGCAGCGAGAGGAGCAGCAGCAGCAGCAGCAGCAGCAGCAGCAGCGGCGGCGGCCGCCACAGCAUCUCCCGUCCCGCUGCGCCCCCAGAGCCGCGGCCGCAGCCGCCGCCGCCGCCGCAGCCCCGCAGCCCCGCAGCCCGGAAAGCCGCCGCCCGCUCGCGAGCCGCAGCCGCCGGCGGCAUGAGGCGCGACCCGGCCCCCGGCUUCUCCAUGCUGCUCUUCGGGGUGUCGCUCGCCUGCUACUCGCCCAGCCUCAAGUCCGUGCAGGACCAGGCGUACAAGGCGCCCGUGGUGGUGGAGGGCAAGGUCCAGGGACUGGCCCCGGCCGGCGGCUCGGGCUCCAACAGCACCCGUGAGCCGCCCGCCUCGGGGCGCGUGGCGCUGGUGAAGGUGCUGGACAAGUGGCCGCUCCGGAGCGGGGGGCUGCAGCGCGAGCAGGUGAUCAGCGUGGGCUCCUGCGCGCCGCUCGAGAGGAACCAGCGCUACAUCUUUUUCCUGGAGCCCACGGAGCAGCCCUCCGUCUUCAAGACGGCCUUUGCCCCCCUGGGCACCAACGGCAAGAACAUCAAGAAAGAGGUGGGCAAGAUCCUGUGCACCGACUGCGCCACCCGGCCCAAGCUGAAGAAGAUGAAGAGCCAAACAGGCCAGGUGGGCGAGAAGCAAGCGCUGAAGUGCGAGGCAGCAGCGGGAAACCCCCAGCCCUCCUACCGCUGGUUCAAGGAUGGCAAGGAACUGAACCGAAGCCGGGACAUUCGAAUCAAGUAUGGCAACGGCAGAAAGAACUCACGCCUGCAGUUCAACAAGGUGAAGGUGGAAGAUGCCGGGGAGUACGUGUGCGAGGCGGAGAACAUCCUGGGGAAGGACACUGUCCGGGGCCGGCUCCACGUCAACAGCGUGAGCACCACCCUGUCAUCCUGGUCCGGGCACGCCCGGAAGUGCAACGAGACAGCCAAGUCCUACUGUGUCAAUGGAGGCGUGUGCUACUACAUCGAGGGUAUCAACCAGCUCUCCUGCAAAUGUCCAAACGGAUUCUUCGGACAGAGAUGUUUGGAGAAACUGCCUUUGCGAUUGUACAUGCCAGAUCCUAAGCAAAAGCACCUUGGAUUUGAAUUAAAGGAGGCGGAGGAGCUGUACCAGAAGAGGGUCCUGACCAUCACUGGCAUCUGCGUGGCGCUGCUAGUCGUGGGCAUCGUCUGCGUGGUUGCUUACUGCAAGACCAAAAAACAGCGGAAGCAGAUGCACAACCACCUCCGCCAGAACAUGUGCCCCGCGCACCAGAACCGGAGCUUGGCCAAUGGGCCUAGCCAUCCUCGGCUGGACCCCGAAGAGAUCCAGAUGGCAGAUUACAUCUCCAAGAACGUGCCAGCCACCGACCAUGUCAUCCGGAGGGAAACUGAGACCACCUUCUCUGGGAGCCACUCCUGUUCUCCUUCUCACCACUGCUCCUCGGCCACGCCCACCUCCAGCCACAGACACGAGAGCCACACGUGGAGCCUGGAACGUUCUGAGAGCCUCACCUCCGACUCCCAGUCAGGCAUCAUGCUAUCGUCUGUGGGCACCAGCAAGUGCAACAGCCCCGCGUGUGUGGAGGCCCGGGCCCGGCGGGCAGCAGCCUACAGCCUGGAGGAGCGGCGCAGGGCUGCCAUUCCACCGUACCACGACUCCAUAGACUCCCUGCGCGACUCCCCCCACAGCGAGAGGUACGUGUCGGCCCUGACCACGCCCGCGCGCCUCUCGCCCGUGGACUUCCACUACUCGCUGGCCACGCAGGUGCCCACGUUCGAGAUCACGUCUCCCAACUCGGCGCACGCCGUGUCGCUGCCGCCCGCCGCGCCCAUCAGCUACCGCCUGGCGGAGCAGCAGCCGCUCCUGCGGCACCCGGCGCCCCCGGGCCCCGGGCCCGGGCCGGGACCCGGCGCGGACAUGCAGCGCAGCUACGACAGCUACUACUACCCCGCGGCGGGGCCGGGGCCGCGGCGCGGAGCGUGCGCGCUCGGCGGCAGCCUGGGCAGCCUGCCCGCCAGCCCUUUUCGCAUCCCGGAGGACGACGAGUACGAGACGACGCAGGAGUGCGCGCCCCCGCCGCCGCCGCCGCCGCCGUCGCGGCCGCGCGCACGCGGCGCGUCCCGCAGGACGUCGGCGGGGCCCCGGCGCUGGCGCCGCUCGCGGCUCAACGGGCUGGCGGCGCAGCGCGCACGCGCGGCGCGGGACUCGCUGUCGCUGAGCAGCGGCUCGGGCUGCGGCUCGGCCUCGGCCUCGGACGACGACGACGCGGACGACGCGGACGGCGCGCUGGCGGCCGAGAGCACGCCGUUCCUCGGGCUGCGCGCGGCGCACGACGCGCUGCGCUCGGACUCGCCGCCGCUGUGCCCGGCGGCCGACAGCAGGACUUACUACUCCCUGGACAGCCACAGCACGCGGGCCAGCAGCAGCAGACACAGCCGCGGGCCGUCCCCGCGGGCCAAGCAGGACUCGGCGCCCCUCUAG